GCACCACAUGGCCGCAAGCCGGCCAGUCUUCGUUCCACCGCGGCCGCACGAUGCUGCGUCCCUUUCUUCUCGUCAUAUUCCUCUCGCAAAUCCACACCGUAUACGUGACCAACCCUACAUUCGCCGACAAACUCGACAGACUCUACGAAAAAGUCGAAAAGUUCACAAUCGGCACACCAAAAAAAUCCAAUAGUAAAUUGUAUGCUAAACUCGAUCGACUUAACAGUUUAACCCUUGAUCGGAAUCGGGAUUUAAGUGAUGAUGAUGAGGAGUUACUCUCGGCGAUGCAAAUAUGGGGUUCGAUGAGUGAUGAACAGUUGCGGGGAUUAGUUAAGGAGAUACAGCAGAUGAAGGAUGAAGAUAAGAGUGAACGGCUCACUGAUGGGGAUUAUGAUGGUGAUUGGCCUGAUGAUGAGCAAGAUCUAGAAACCGACGGGGACUACCACAACGAUGGCGAGGAAUGGGAUCCUCUAGAUGACGACACCGGGUCCACCAGCCGCCCCAUAGUGGGAGUCACACCCUCGGCUUUCACCAGGCUUGACACCAGGGAGCCUAUUGACUACGUUGAUCCUAUUGCUGCUACGAAUGAGCGGCCGAGGAUCUUGGAUGAUUCUAAUGCCACACCGAAGGAGAAGAUGUCUCUUCGCAGGACUGCAUUCAAGAACGUCGGCGAGGUGUUCCGCUCCAACGACUGCCUCGUGCCGCAGCCGCGCUGGCUGUACCUGCGGAACCUGGCGCCGGCUGCUGACACUGUCUACAUGCCGCCCUGUGUGAAGCUGCAUCGCUGCGCGCCUGACGCCUGCUGCUGCAAGGACGAGCGACAGGAGUGCGCGCCGAUCGACGGCAAAUACGUCGCUAUACCGGUCUAUCUCGGAAAACCCAAUCGCACCCUCACAGUCGCUCGGAUGCUCUUCUUCAAUCACACAAGAUGUAGCUGCAUAUACCGAGACUCCAUAGAAAGCACGGCCCGCACUAAGAUAGACUUCAGGGAGGAGAGGAGAGACGAAAUGUUGGCCAGAAGAGAGAGUGUUAGAGAGAGACAGAAUGACUGGAGAGCGCCUACAGAGGAGCCUAAGUUGGAAAGGGACGAGGCGCAGACUUCACCACCUCAGUUGCGAAGAUGUACAUGCCCAGCGCUUUUCCGAAACCGGAUCAAAGACGGCAUAUGCUCCUGCGUCUGCGACUGGCCGGAUACCACGCGCAAACGCGACUGUCUCUCUCUAGCACGAGGGAAAGAGCACUUCGGGCUGAGGGACAGAGUAUGUGUCGCUCAAGGGGAUUGUUCUCUGCCCAGCUGUGAAUAUGGGGCCUACGAGAGGAGCGCGGGAAGGUGUCCUACCAGACGAGUAAAGAGGAGGUUCCACUCGAGGAGGUAUCAGGACAAAGUCUGAACUAAAUGAUUAAGGGACCAUCCAAUAGGUCAUUUGAGUGUUCUACCAGUCAAUAGAAAAACAGCAUGUGUUUUAGAGCCAAACACUUCUGAUGGCUGUUGUCGCAAGAAUAACAUAAAUGCCGAGCGCAACAAUUGCAAUUUUCGCAUUGUCACAAUUUCUCUGCUAGCCCCUAUAUGCUUACUUUAUAUUUUAAUUUUAUACUAAGACAAUGAAAAUAAUACCUCCUCCUUAUAUCAUGAAAAGGAAUUGAAAAUAUUUGAUUUGAGUACUUUUAUAUAAAUAAUAAUAAAUAUAUAGCUGUGGGGACAAUAGAUGAUAUUAAGUCAUCGGUAUUGGCUUAGUGUCGCCUGCGCGCGACUUUCAUGUAAAUAAAUUAAAAAUCAUUUCAAAAACCAACAUGCAUUUGUAGUGUAGACCCGAAAAUUGUAAGUUUGACGUAAAUGUGGAUGGUCCCUGUAUGGUAAAUCUUUAUCCCUUUAUUGGAGAUUUAAAAUGAGUAAGAUUCCAGCAAAAGCUUUUAAACAUCAUAUACCUAUCUCAAAUGUAGCCGUGUAUGAUGCAGCAAAAGAAUCGUUUUUACGAUAAACAACGCGUGAAAGCAGAGUUUCCAACGAGGCUUCUAGAAGAUAUAAUACAAGAAACUGAACUUUCAAGCAAAAUCAAAUCAAAAUAGUAUCAAUCUCCUCAAAUGCUGGUGCGUUGUCCCCAAAUACUGGUGCGUUGUCCCCAAAUUCUGGCGCGUUAUCCCCAAAUUUUGGACGCAUCGUACGCGUUCCUAUACGCGCGAAACGAUUCGCGGUAAAUUCGCCACUUCCAGACAAG